AUGAAAGCCAUCCUCAUAUCACAAUUCGGCCCUCCCUCCGUCCUUACCAUAACAGACAUCCCCACCCCAACCCCCUCCCCAGGGGAAGUCCUAAUCAAAGUCGCCGCGUUCGGGAUAAACCACGCCGAAAUGCACAUGCGCAAAGGUGAAUGGGCCGAAUGGACCCCCAUCAGCGGCAUCGAAUGCGUCGGCACCGUCGUCUCCUGCUUUUCCGGCGACUUUGAGCCCGGCACUCGCGUCGCCAGUUUAAUGGGCGGACUGGGCCGGACAAUCAACGGCUCGUAUGCGGAGUAUACAGUGGCCAAGGCGUCGAAUGUUGUACCGCUUGGCGAGGCCGCGGAAAAGUUGAGCUGGGCGCAGCUUGCUGCGAUUCCGGAGUCGUAUGCGACGGCUUGGACGUGCUUGUUUAGGAAUCUGGCGGUGGAAAAGGGACAGAGGUUGUUGGUUCGUGGAGGGACGUCGGCGUUUGGGAGGGCUGCUGUGAAUCUGGCUGUUCAGGCUGGGGUGCGUGUUACUGCGACGACAAGAAAUGAGGCCCGUAGAGCGGAUCUGAAGGCUCUGGGUGUGGAGGGUGUGGAGAUUGAACGGCCUCAGCUUUCGGACCAUCUCGAGAGGCAGUUCGAUGCUGUUCUCGAUCUUAUUGGGAACAGUACGAUUGUUGAUUCGUUGAAGCUGGUGCAUCGAGGUGGGAGGGUGUGUCUAGCUGGGUUUCUGGGUGGAUUAGCACCCGUUCCUGACUUCAAUCCGCUUCUGCAAAUGGCCAGUGGAGUACAUUUCAGCUUCUUUGGGAGUUUUGUCUUUGGGACACCGGAGUUCCCUCUGUUCGAUGUUCCGCUGAAGGAGAUUGUUAAUAUGGUGGCAGAGAAGAAGUUCAAGGCGGAGCCGUCGAGAGUUUUCAAGUUUGAGGAAAUUCAGGAGGCACAUCGAGUGAUGGAGGAGAAUCAGGCAAAUGGGAAGAUGGUGGUGGUUGUUAACUGA